AAAAACUACUUUAGCCAGAAUUGCAUCAAAAGAAGCAAAACAAGAUAAGGAUAAAGGAAUACAGGAAGAAAUAGAAAUUAUUUACAUUGAUAUUCUACCUAAUUACAAAGACUUGGGUGAUCUUAGUGAAAAGAAAUCAAUAGAAUAUCUGAUUAGCAAGCACAAAAUCAAUGAAAUAGAAACAAAAAAAAUUUAUGUAUUAGUUGGUAGUUGCAUUGUUGAGUUGAAGACAAUUGCAAAUGAUUUUUUGGCCAGAAAAUCCUUUGAAGUUAUUAAAUGGACAAUUUUAGAUGAAGAUGAUUUAAAUGAAGUGUUGGGAGGUAAUGUAUUUGCAUACUAUCCAGAAAAAAAUAUU